AUGGUUGGAUAUCGACGAAUAUUGAACUGGGUGCUGCCUUCACAAGGCCAAAGGAGUUACUAUGCAGCAUUACAGCCAGAAGAGAAUUCUCAGGAUGAAAUGAAGCUCUUGCCCGAGAAGAUAAUGGCGAGACCGCGUUCAGCGUAUCGCAAACACUGGGUGAUCCUCAACAGCAUCCUGUUUGUCUCCUUCAUUUUCGCAAUGUCCUCCCUCCUAGUCGCUUUCACGAAAUAUUACACCAUAGUGCGACGAAGUACCAUCAGUGUGAGCCUGCCAUAUGGAAAUCCGAUACCCCCAAUGCCCUUGGAAACGAAGAAGUUUGGUCCAUCGGAGAUCUUUACAGAGCGCUCAAGUCCCCGAAGCAACGCUGCUUGGGAGGCCCUAGCAGGACCAAACCACGAAAACCCUGGUUUCAUUUAUGUCCCCAACUGGGAAGAACUGAAGCUACCACCGGGAGGUUUUAUCCACGGAGAAAUGAUGUACGGAAUUAGCAUGUUCCAUCAGCUUCAUUGCCUGGGUGCCAUCCGCUAUACAUUUUGGCAGUUGAUGGAGGGUAAGCUUGACCCGGCAGCCUUGGAGGCUCUUGACGGAGAUACGAACGAUCCAAACUUUAUCCCCAAUGGUCACGGAUUGUGGCACAUUGAGCAUUGCUUUAACUACGUCCGGCAUGCCUUACAGUGCUACGGGGACACAACCAUCGAAGUCCCAACGGAUUUUAAUGCAAACAAGCAGUCCAGCGAUGACUAUUCCAAUAAUCCAGAGCCACUCAAUUGGAUCAAGCGUGAAGAGCAACAGGCUGAACCUCUAAACUGGAUCAAGCGCAGAGACGAUGAGCAGGCGGAGCCCCUCAACUGGAUUAAACGUGAGGAUUCCGAACAGGCGGAGCCCCUCAAUUGGAUUUGA